AUGACGGCGCCUACAAUCGCACAAGCAUUAAUUUCUGGUUGGAUUUAUCGCUAUGGUGUACCAACUCACAUCACAUCGGAUCAAGGACGUCAAUUCCAGUCGACGCUCUUCACGGAAUUGUCAAACGGCAUCAUCGAGCGGUGGUACAGGACAUUGAAGGCAGCCAUACUGUAUCACAACCCCGAACGCUGGACCGAGCACCUACCGAUGAUACUUCUGGGAUUGCGGACCAUUUAUAAAGAAGACAUCAAAUCAUCACCAGCCGAAAUGGUUUAUGGUAUUCCUUUGGAGUUCUUCGUAGAAAACACACACCACAUUGCCGACUCGGAAUUCGCGAACAACCUUCGUGAAGCUAUGCGCGAGCUACGACCGUUCGAUACGGCCUGGCACGGAAAAUGCAACGUUUUUGUUAAUCCCGAUUUGCAGACAUGCAAACAUGUGUUCAUCCGUAACGACUCGAUACGACCAUCACUAUCACCACCGUGUGAUGGUCCAUACGAAGUGCUAGGCCGCACCAACAAACACUACACAAUCAACAUCAACGGGCGACGGACUGCGAACAUUUCGAUCGAUAGAUUGAAGCCUGCCUACAUAGUGGAGGACCAUCAACCACAACCUACCAUCGAUCGUGGGGCUACAACCACAACCGUCACUCGUUCUGGGCCUCGAGUUCAGAUUCCGCUUCGUUAUCGCUGA